AUGCUGGAACUUGUUGUUCUGGUAGUUGAAGAGAUUUUCAAAGUUGAACGCCAGUUCGGUGUUGAGCAGCCUGAAGUUGCCUAUCUGGUUGAGGAUGGUUUGGUUCAGAUGGUCCAUCAGUGUGGUGAAUCUGUUGUUUUGGCGGCUUUCAAGGUUCUCAAACGCGCUCCGGCAGUGUGGGUGGUCUUUGGCUUCACCUCUGAUGGAGUCUCGUCAAUUUCGCACAAGUCCUGCUGGUGCUCUUUGAGGAAACGGUCCAAGCCGAGGUACGGUGUGAUUUUGCAGUUUUCGUCUUCUGUGGACCCGUUCAAGGAGAAGAAAAUCUCGUUGAUUGACAGAUUGAACGAUGGAGUGUCGUAA